AGUCCCUGCUUGGUAGGAACAGUGUAUCCUGAAGCUGUAGCCUGGUUUGGCUGAGCAUGGUCACACUGGGCAGUUCUGGUUUUGUUGCUGCCCUGACUCUCUGUGACAGCAGGGCUGAUCGCUCCCUGCUGCUGCAGCAGAGGCGCUGCUGGAGAUGUUACUUACAGCUGUUGCUUAGCAACCAUGUGUGCAAGACAGCAGGAAACGGGCUUUAAACCCUCUUCAGAUCAGGUAUCCAGCAGCCUUCAAGAGUCUCAAUUACCGGUUACAUCUAAAUGCUGCCCUUUGCUCGGCAGCAGCUUUCGGUGGUGUGUUCUGCAGAAUCACGUGGCUGUGUGACCCUUGGAGGCAUCCUGCAGGAAAGUAGUUCUGUUGCUCCCCUUGUUAAGGAUUGUUUUAUAGGGGUAGAAGAGGCUGCAAGAUGUGGUUGGGGUUUGGGGAGAGCUGGGCAGUGCUCUCUUGAUGUCUGUAGCCAUGAGACGUUCCUUUGCACGUGUCCAUAUGCAGAGCCAGUACUUGCCCCCAUUACAACCAGCUGCGUCCCUGUCCCAGCUGCCUCCAUCUAGCAUGUGACCCAGAUUUGGUUGGCUUGCCCUCAGUGCAUAACCCCACUGGCUGCUGGGUUUGCAGCGCCCAUUGCACAAGUAGGGGGGUUGCUCUGCUAAUUCUCUGUGGGGGUUCAUGGAGAGCAGGAUCCUUGCGAGGCUGGAACAGGAGGUAGAGCCGGUGAGGGGACAUGAGCUGCUGCCAGAGACGGGAAGAGAAAGCACGUUCCUCAGGUUGGGGUUCCGUGGUUUCUGGCUUCGUGCGAGUGCCGGGUCGUCCCGGUGACAGGGUCAGUCUCCAUGUACCGGUGGGGUCCGACAACAGCGUCCUCGUGAGACAGACUGUCUGGGGUUGUGCUGCCGCUGCGCGCUCCUCGUCUCGGGGUGACCCGCAGCCCCGGCGCGGGGGGAACUUCUCCACCUCCGGGGGCCACGGAGGGAGGAGCCGCGGGCAGCGCGGGGCGGUGUCACGGGCUGCUCGGUCCGAGGAAACGGGUGCGGAGGAGCUGCGGGGCGAGCGGGAGUCUGAAUGCAACCUACCUGAGGCAGGCCUGAGCCCAGAGCACCUCUGCACAGAGACAGCGUGUGCGCUGGGGUGCGUGUCUGCUCUCCCUCUGCUCCCCAGUGCGGGAGUUGGGUCGGAGCACACGUGCUGCUGUCUGCUCCCUGCCGAGUGCACCUUUCAACUGCUGCUCCGUGAUGUGCGAGGCCGGGCUGCUGGCACCGGAGCCCUCUGAGGCAGCGCGGCACUAUGGCGAGUCCUCGGACACCUGCUGCCGCAUGGACCGCUGGCAGAGGCUGCGCACCGCCGUCCGGAGGCUGGAGUUCUGGGAGAGCUUCAGUGCCGAGCUGGUUGGCAGCGGCUUCUUCUCCAAGGUGUACAAGGUGACCCAAGCUGCUGCUUGUAAAGUGAUGGUGGUGAAGAUCUACAAGAACGAUGUGGACCAGGAGGUGAUAGUGCGUGAGAUCAGCCUGCUGCAGAAGCUCUCCCACCCCAACAUCGUCAGGUACCUUGGGAUAUGCGUAAAGGAUGACAAGCUGUACCCCAUUCUGGAGUAUGUGAAUGGGGGCUGCCUGGAGGAGCUCCUGGCCAGCAAAGACAUUGAUUUGUCAUGGAAAGAGAAACUGGACUUAGCUUCUGACAUCACCAGGGGCCUGCACUACCUGCACUCCAAGGGCAUCUUCCACCGAGACCUCAACUCUAAGAACUGCCUCAUUCGAGUGACAUCACGUGGCCGUGAGGCGCUAGUUGCAGACUUUGGGCUGGCCAGAGAAGUGGUGGAGCUGCCUGUGCAGUAUGCAGAGAGGAAGUUGUCCCUGGUGGGCUCUGCCUACUGGAUGGCUCCUGAGAUGCUGCGGGGAGAGCCCUAUGACCGGAAGGUGGAUGUGUUUUCCUUUGGCAUUGUGCUCUGUGAAAUCCUAGGGAGGAUCCCAGCAGAUCCUGAAGUACUUCCCAGAACUCAGGACUACGGCCUGGAUGUCACUGCCUUCUGCAGGAUGGUCAGUGGAUGCCCCCGGCGGGUGCUGGACCUUGCUGCCUGUUGCUGUCGGGUGGAAGCUAUUAAGAGGCCAUAUUUCUCUGAUAUCCUGGAUGAGUUGGAAGACAUUGCAGAGAGCCUAGAGCCCAGGAGGGACAAUCCACUUUUGAGUUGAGCUGUGGGCCCCCUGCGAAGCCCAGUGGAUGGACUGUAAAUGGAAGGUCAGAAGUGAAGAAAGAAGGUAGAGAACAGAACUAAGUGACCCAAUGGAGAGGAGACUUAAUCAAGGUCUUAUCUGAGGCUUUUAACGGAUGUAAUUCAGACAGCAAACAGCCUUUUUUUGUUAGCUUGAUAAAAGUAAAUGAUCCUGGAGGGCAGGUCAGGGACCUGGAUUCCCUUUGAGGUUGCUUUCCAAAUCCCCUACAGAAAUGCAGCCCUCUCUUGCUUCCCCAUGCUCUCUGGGCUUCAGGCCUUCCCCUUCCAUGUCCCUUCUGUCCUUGGGGAACAUCUGUGGGGACUGGGAUCCCUUUAGAACAAAGCUGGGGGCUUUGGGGCACACAGAGAGCCUCAGAGUUGCCUUACACUUCAACGCCUUAAGACCCUCCUUGGGUGGCCUUGCAGGGAUGCCUGCAUUGUGUAGCGAUGCUGAUGGGAUCCCCUGACACGUGCAUGGGGCACACCAGCAUCUGGCGAGGUUUUGGGAAGCAGUGUGGGUGGUGUGCCUCACCAAGGUGUGAGUCAACCAACCAAUAUCUCCACUCAGAACUGGUGCUGUGCUCUGUCCUAGUGCUGCAGCUAUCUGGAUUUCUUCCCACAGCCCUCUGUCAGGGUCUGGAGAUGAGAGGGAUGCACCUCUCAUCCUCCCACAGAUACUGGUCUCCAGUUCAUUUGGUUGCCCAGCCUCACUGGGAGGGAUAUGUUCUACUUAGGACCAAAAUAUCUAUGGUUGUCAAUAGGUGUGACAGCUGUAUGGUGGUGGAGAGCUGUAUCUCUUCUUAUUGACUGUAACCUCUUGGAGUAGGGGCCCUUUGUGCACUAAAAAGCACUUGUAGAUUAUAUAAUGAGGUGUGCAAAUAGCACUGUAGACCUAUGUGUGGACCUCAUCUCGAGCUCUUGGGCAGAAUUUGGUGUCGCGUGUGACCCAGUGCCUCUGCGCCCUGGCACCCACACACAGGAGCAGUGGUAGUGUGCCAAGACAGAUGUUGCGGUGGAGUGCAGUGUUUUCAGCAGACAUUCCUCAUGAUAAGGAACAUGAAACACACUGAAUGGCACCAGGAUCAUUGGCUCAGCCACUUGUCCAGAGAACCCUCUAUCCCUAGAGCUACCAUUGUGCUUCUCUGGGCUAUGACAGUUGCGCACAGGAAACCUGCUCAGCAGAGACACACACCAGCAAACAGCUUCCUGCUGGGAAAUGCUGCCAGUAGGAGGAGUGAAGCCUUGGGAAGCAGGAGACCAAAAAGGAUGGAAGCUUUUUAACUUGAUGGAAGGCAGAGUGCCUGCUUUUUGAUUUGGAGUGAAAUGGACCGCAAAGGCAGUGGAAACAGCGCUGAUAUACCCUUGUGUCUUCAGGGGCAGCCAGCCACCACCAGCACUGCAGCAGUUGGUCCCUCACUGCUGUGGGCUUGCCCCAGACCACCAGCACUGUCCCCAGCACUUGGACAUGGUGUGAGGAUCAUUGCGAGCUGGGAACCAUCCCUCAUGGGCCACCAGGGUCUGCAGGCUGCCCUGGAGGCAGAGGGCAGCAGUUGGAUGCAGCUGGUCUGGGUUAUGCAGCUCACAGCAGGGAAUAACACUUUCUGUUGGCUGGCAUCCAUAUGGCUGUGAGACUGCAUCUGCUUGGCAUCCUGAGGGCAGCCAUAGGUGGAUGCAGAGCUGCAUUUCUGCUGGGCUUUCUGACUGCCCCAUCUACUCUCUUGGAAAAGAUAUCUGGCCGCGUGCUGAGUCUCAGGUG